AUGUCUGGUCCUCCCCGGAUUGCGGCACGUCAGGCAAGACCUCUUUCACCGGCAUCUGCUUCUUCCAGCCCGAAGCUUGACGAUAUUUCAUCACGCCCUGUAUUCGCUGGACCUAAUACCCCAGACUCACCUUCAUUGAUGUCCUCGACUCCUCAGAAUCAUGUUCCUUCUCCCGCGGCCCAUCAAGCGCCGUCUACCAUGACGAGUCAGCCCUCUUCUCAGUUGAUGGACAGCCCUCCAAAUUCUUCCUCUUCUAAACCCGGGUCACAACCGAUCAUCACUACGACAACGAACACCUUUCCUACCCCUGCUAGCAGUACUGCGGGGACGGUUCCUCCUUCCACCCAACCGGAUGAUGGAGACGUGCAGAUGAGUGAAAGCGAUGGGCCACCAGGCGAAGUGACGUCGCAUGCCACCACAGGCAUUGCGGACGAUGCCAUGGCAAUUGACAGGAAUGUUUCAGACUACACAAAUCACGAACGACAAGCUUCAGUUGUUGAGCCCGGCGACGGUAGCUCAAGGGUAAGCGGACAGGACAAGGGCAAAGGUAUUGACCAGGGAGCUCGGCAUGGCGAGGAAUUAUCAAUAGAAGGCAAGAUCGGUCUUGAAAGGCUUCACGCCGAUAUUGGCCAACCUUAUCUCCUUCUAAAAUCUCCUCAUCCGCCUACGCGGCCCCAACCUACUCAGAAUCUGAUAUCCCUGUAUGGUCUGGACCCGUUGGCGGCAACGGUGGCCCGAAAGGAUAAGUUUGGCCAAAAGAUUAACAAGCUCCGGAAAUCAUACGAGGGAAAGAUUAAAGAUUUCAACUUGGCAGGAAAAAAUAAGCCGGCCAAGCACGAAGAAGGCCAGCCCGGUGGUUUGUUGGAACUGGUGCAAUGGCCAGACGAGGAGUGGCAGAACCAGAAGUUGUUUGGAAAAGAGAUGACUAAGGGACUCGGUGACGCGCUCAUGGCCAAGCUUGACAAGGCUAUGACUAUGGAACCCGGACCAAUACCCGACGACGACAAGUGGCGGACAGUUCUGGGAUUGGAUGAUGAUACAUUGCGCGAUGUCUCUGGUGCCGGUGGGAAGAAGCAAGGCCUUCAAGGCGUCGCCGGCGGUAGCGCAUCUCAAGCAGAUGCUAGCACAUCACGAGGAGCAGCAGCCGCCGCUGCUCCAUCUCCUACCACGCCGAUUGAUCGGCCACGGCGUAGCGGAAAGAAGCGCAGCUAUCGCGAAAGCAGCUUUGCUGGAUACGGUGAGGGAUAUGGCGAUGAUGACGGAGAACUUGGUUUUUCGACGGGAGAUGACGACGACGGACGGAGGGCCAAUGCUUCGAAAAAGAAGCGGCGAAAGGAUUCUGUCGGUAAAAGUCCGCCACCUCUAGGAGGCCGAGGAGGCUCUUAUGGAGUGGGCAUGGUAGGAGUCGGCAGUGGGAUCGGCGCCCGAUAA